AGCGCGCAGACUCGUGAAAGAUAUGGCGACCAUCAAAGCGAAGGUCCAGGACGCCGCUUCCUCCGCCAAGGCCGGCAUCGACAAGGCCAGGGCCACCGCCGGCGAGAAGAUGGAGAAGGCAACGACCACGGACCCGAUGAAGAAGCGUGAUGCCGAAGAGAGCAAGGACGACCGCAAGCUCAAGGUAGCCUCCGAUGAGCGUGAAGAGAAAGAGGACCACGCUGCCCAGAGGUCCGGGAGGCGCACCAUCGUCACCGGUACCUAGGCUGCCUUUAGAGCUAGUCAUGUUGGGAGCAUGUGUACUAGAGUAAGGUCACUUGUUAGCUGAAUCAGUCAAUCAGAAUAAGCGGCAGUUCCUAUGCGA